AUGGAGACAGAUGAGCGUCCCUCAAGGGAUCGAUACAGGACACGGACUACCUACCGCCGAAGUGAACAUCACCGGUCGCGUGAGAGGGAGAAUCGAAUGAGGGAUAAGCACCGGGAUCGCCGCAACCGCAGCAGGAGCUCAAAGCGCGAUCGCUUCCGUUCCCGUGAAGGGCGAUAUAAGACCAACGACAGGGGAAGAUCACGCGAUCGUCAACAUCGCGAUUCACAGAAGGACGAGGCAGUGAAGACAGAGCGAAAGAAGCCCCAAUCCAAACAAUCAGGCGGAAAUCGCGGCGGAAAUAAGCCGAAGAGAUGUUUUAUCUGCAACUCAGAUAAACAUCUGGCAUUUAAAUGUCCGGACAAGAAAGAUUUUCGGGUGAGGCUGGUGCAUGAGCGUGCCACCAGCCUGAGCCCCCUCCGCAAAUCGCUCAAGCAAGUCGAAGUCGAAGGGAGGAGAUUGGAUGCACUCCUUGAUAGCGGUAGUGAUAUCUCCCUGCUGCAGGAAAAUGUGGCCAAAAAUGACCAGGAAAAGAAUGUUGAUUCAGGAAGCUAA